AUGCCACCAUUCACUCCAAGCCCGUAUCGUACCUCCCAAAAACGUUCCCUCGAUGACGCGCAUGACAACAGUCUCAAAAAGCGUCGCGCGCAAUAUGUGCCACCAAAUGGUAGUGAAGUGAUCGAUUUGACGCGCGAUUCACCUGAGCCAUACACUCUACCUCCAAUUUCACCCAAUACUAAAGGAAAACGAACACCAAAAACACCUCGCUCAAGCCAGUCAAGUCAAAGCCAAUACCCAUUCGAAAAACGUCGGAGGAAGUUUAGGUCUAAUCCGCCGCGGACGUAUUUGGAGAAAAUGCAUCGUGCGACCACACAACGGAUGUUCGUAAUCUCGCGCCGUCGUUCGGAGAAUGGGGGCAUUACUGAGGAGAACGUGGAUAUCGUGGGGACAACGGGGAAUAUAUAUACGGUGACUAUCACAUACGAGCCGCGGUGCACAUGUCCCGAUGCAAUGAAGGGGAAUCAGUGCAAGCACAUUAUUUAUGUUCUCGUGAAUGUAUUGAAAGCCCGUGAAGAUCUGAGGUAUCAAUUGGCAUUUAUCUCUACUGAACUCCGCCAAAUGUUCGAAAACGCGCCUCUAGAGACCGAAGAAGCACACGCAGACAAGGACAACGACGCCUCAGGAAAACGCAAGCCAAUCGAAGGCGACUGUCCGAUCUGUUUUAUGGAGUUUGAGCCCAACAAUGAGAAAAUAAUCUGGUGCAAGGCAGGUUGUGGAAACAACAUUCACAAAACCUGUUUCGAUCAGUGGGUUGCUACUACACGUAACCAAGGAGUUCGAUGCGUUUUAUGUCGAACGGAUUGGCCCGCCGAUGCAAAAGCGACACUUGACAUGAGGUCGCUCAUGAGCAAGGCGAAGGCAGGUGAAGAUGGGUAUAUGAAUGUUGCGAGUGCGGUUGGCUUGUCUGGCCGUCGUGACUAUUCGACUUAUCAUAGUUAUUGGGUUAAUCGUCAUCUUGGGCGACGGCGGUAUGGAAGGUCUUAUUACUAUGAUGAUUGA